UUUGGCGAUGGACAUGGUGGCCUUAUAAUUGGUUUACAUCCAGUCGCUGAGACUGAAACAGCUACUAUUUCACAGUCUGAUCAGGAAGCGAGAUCACAAACUCAGCAGGAGACGGGGACAACAGAAAGACAGAAGCCGAUGCCAGAAAUGAAACCGGAGUUUAAACGAGUUUGUCCUGCUGCAAAAAUUUCCAUCGUCCUGUUGUUGCCGGUUGUGCUGGCAGUAUUAUUAUAG